GAGGUCACCGAGAGGGAAGCAGCCAAUCGGCGGCGGCCACGGUUCGAGAGGGGGGGUGUACUGAAGCGGGGUGGCGGUGGCGGACGGUCAGUGCCGGAGAGGGAGCCACGGCUUGGGACACGCGGCUGGUGCUGAAACCGUGGGCUUCCUCCUCCUCCGGGUCAGUGAAAGCGGCACGCCGCGGCGGUUAAUAUGAAGCCCACCAGCGAGCAGGGAGACAUGCUUCGUAUGCUCGGUAUCUUCAGCACAUUAUUAGUCACUGCCAGUGCUCUUUACUCAGCAAGUGAUGAUGUUGUGGACUUAUCCCAAAGUAACUUCAAUAAGGAAGUCAUUCAAAGUGAUGAACUGUGGUUGGUCGAGUUCUAUGCACCAUGGUGUGGGCAUUGUCAGAAUUUAGCUCCAGAGUGGAAGAAAGCUGCAUCAGCCUUGAAGGGAAUAGUGAAAGUUGGAGCAGUAGAUGCAGACAAACAUCAGUCUCUUGGUGGGCAGUAUGGCAUUCAGGGAUUUCCAACAAUAAAGAUCUUUGGAUUAAACAAAAACAAACCCGAUGAUUACAAUGGUGCUAGAUCUGCCCAAGGAAUCACUGAUGCAGCACUUAACGCUUUGCGGUCAAUUGUCCGGGAUAGACUUGGAGGCAAGAGCAGCUCAAGUUCUGGCAAAAAGAGCAGUGAUAGUAAAUCUGGUAAAAAUGAUGUGAUUGCAUUGACGGAUGAUACCUUUGAUGCAAAUGUGAUCGGGAGCAGUGACAUUUGGAUGGUGGAGUUCUAUGCACCAUGGUGUGGACACUGUAAGAGGUUAGAACCAGAGUGGGCAGAGGCAGCCACUGAGAUCAAAGAGCAGACAGGUGGAAAGGUGAAAGUGGCUGCAGUGGAUGCCACAGCUAAUCAGAUGUUGGCCAGUCGGUAUGGGAUUCGUGGUUAUCCCACCAUUAAAAUAUUUCACAAAGAUGAAGAUGCCCCGAUUGACUAUGAUGGUGGAAGAUCUAAAAGUGAUAUUGUUGCUCGUGCUCUCGAGUUGUUUGCUGAAAAUGCCCCAGCUCCAGAACUGCUAGAGAUUACUAAUGAGGAUGUACUAAAGAAGACAUGUGAUGACCAUCAACUAUGCAUUGUUGCUGUAUUACCACACAUCUUGGACACUGGGGCUUCUGGGAGAAAUGAUUAUUUGGAUGUAAUGAAGGCUAUGGGCAACAAAUACAAAAAGAAGUUCUGGGGUUGGCUAUGGACUGAGGCAGGUGUGCAGGCAGAGCUUGAAGAUUCUUUAGGUAUUGGAGGAUUUGGUUACCCAGCUAUGGCUGCAAUUAAUGCCAGGAAAAUGAAAUAUGCUCUGUUGAAAGGCUCCUUCAGUGAACAGGGCAUCAAUGAGUUUCUUAGGGAGUUGUCAGUUGGGAGAGGUUCAACUUCUCCUGUCAAAGGAGCUGCAUUCCCUAAAAUUAACACUGUAGAUCCAUGGGAUGGCAAAGAUGGUCAGUUACCAGUUGAAGAAGACAUUGAUUUAAGUGAUGUAGAUCUUGACGAUUAUGACAAAGAUGAGCUGUGAGUUAUCAGCAUUCCCAUUCAUUGGCAGACAGUACCGUUUAUCUGAAGCAUUGGACUGAUCAUCUGUCUGCACCAAAGCCUUAUUUCAUCUUUCUGGCUUACUGUAUUUCUACUGUAACCUGUAAAUAAGUUUCACUGGGUUUUUCUAUUAAAAAGAAAACAAUGUUACAUUUCAAAUUUUUACAUAAACUGAUUUCAUAGACUAGACAGGUUGCCAUUUAUUGUACAUUGUUACACUUCACUAUUUAAAUGGAUACUUGAGUCUCUUCUAGUGGGUGGGAUGUGGUGCAAACCUACAUAAUGUAUUUUUGACAUCCCUGCAUGUAUUUGAGCAAUUCUCAUUCCAAAGAAUGUGAUCUGUCCUACAUAGGACAAAUAAAAUCAUGGUGAUUUAGCCAUUAACUGGGAUUCAGCAUUUGAAACUUUGGUUAGUUAAUAUAUUUUGUUGAAGGUGGAAUUCGUGAAAUAAGUCAAUGUUUCAGAGAGCUGAAACAAGUUUGGUAGUAAUUAAAAUAUGGUUAUUUAGUUUUCACUGAAGCUGCAUUUGGGAGGUUCAUCUCUCCUUUGGAACAUAAAAACAUGUCAAAUGAUUUGCUUUGUUCCUUGUGUUCAGUCCUCCUGCUAAACUACAAUAAUCCAUGUACAGAUCAAUUAUUAUGGGUACAUGCCUCAGAAUUUGUUUUGUGAUGUUCAGUCAUUGAAUUUUGUGGUAUUUGUCAUUAACUAGCACUAACUAUCAUAGUUUUGGAAAGUUUUCAUCAAUUUUGUUUGGAUUUUGAGAAAUAAGACUUCAUGGUGUUAGGUGAGCGUGUGUGUGUCAUUGAGAGAAGAUUGGCCUUGGUUCAGCUAAAUCUAAUUUUUGUAAUGGUCUGCAUUAAUCUUUAAUGUACAUAAACCUUUCCUACAAGCUCCCGAGUUGAUAACUUUUGUACUUGAAACUUGUUACUUAAUAUCACACAGGAGUCUACCAUUGGGACCCUUCUCCUCCUCUUUCCCUGUAAUUUGUUCUGCUGCAGUAAAACAACAAAUUUCAUGACAUAUGUCAAUAAUAAACCUGAUUUUUUUUUUCUCGCACGCUCUCUCUCUCUCUCUCUCUCGUGCUAACUCCCCUUGGAUCCUUUGUCACUUACUUUAUACCAGGGGCAAUUUGUAAAAAAAAAAACCUAUUAACCUAGCAGCUCGCCUUUGGGAUAAAACUGGAGCAUCUGGCACAGACCCACACAGUCAUGGGGAGAACAUGCAAACAUAUAGCAUAUCACAUCUAACAUCCAAAAUGGGGCCUGAACGCAGACUGGAUUUGAGGUCUACCUCGCCCCAUUAGAGAUUACUGUUCUCUGCAGCUUGUGUGAAAAUACAAAUUGUAUUGCAGAUUACUUGGGGCUGGCCAAUUUAAAUAGGUAAAUUGGUACAAUGAGUUCCUAAUUUUAAGGAUAACCAUGGGAGAUUUAGGCCUUUAACAUUCGACAAAAUACAGUGAAUAUAAACCACGUGUGGAUUUCUUGCUCCACAUGGAUACUGGAGCAGAUGUCCUUUGCUAACUUGCAGUUUUAAAUUGUUUAAUAAUUGCAAUGACAGCAAUGGGUAACUAAAUCAGUAGCACACAGCUAUAUAGAGAGAUGCUUGUCUUUUCAUUGGGUUUUAAUGGAGUUGAGAUUGACGUUAAUGACAGUAGAGGCUUUCUUGAAAAAGGAGAGGAUUCUAGAGCUAUCAACAACUCAAUGCAGAUAUCUCUGAAUAAUCCUGUUAUUUUCACAAACAUGUUUUCCAAAACAAUUUUAUUGGCUUGAAAAUUUCCAUUUCUUUCAAUUGCAUGUAAACUAAAACUAGAUGUAUUAAUAAUAUCAGUGCUUCCUAGUGGGGGGAAGAAUUGUAGGCUUCAUCUAUUCCCAUUAAUAAAGUGAUUUAUUUUCUUGA